AGCUUCUACCUCUUUUCUGUUCUCGGGGGUCGUCUGGGAAGGCGUCUGCACAUUUCUGAUUUGCUGAAAAUUGCAGAGGGCUCGUCCUGGGCAGAGCCUGGCUGUGCUGCUGCUGACGCGUGGCUCUUGCUGCUGCAGCUGCUGCACGUCCCUGUGACGUGCUGGAAGCAGACUUCGAUCCCCAGUCCCGACUCUUGCUUUCGCUGCUGCGCCGUUUUUGACAAGAAUAAUCAACCAUGACUACAGAAUCUGGGUCAGACUCUGAAUCGAAGGAUCAGGACCAAGAUCAGAAAGAAACUUCUGGAAAGCAAGGAACAAGUGGAACAGGGCCCCAAGAACAGCAGCAGCAACAACAACAGCAGCAGCAGCAGCUAAGUGAAGAACACCAGAAUGCAUUAGAACAAUUUUCUGCUGUUGCAGCUCACAGCACUCCUGUGAAAAAGGAACAGGCCACUGACAAAGAACGCGAAUUUGCUGCUGCAGCAGCAAGACAACUGGAAUAUCAGCAGUUUGAAGACGACAAGCUCUCUCAGAAAUCAAAUUCAAGCAAACUCUCCAGAUCUCCUCUGAAGAUUGUCAAAAAACCGAAAAGUAUGCAGUGCAAAGUAAUUCUUCUGGAUGGCUCAGAAUAUGGCUGUGAAGUGGAGAAACGCUCAAGGGGCCAGGUACUGUUUGACAAAGUAUGUGAACACCUGAACCUCUUGGAGAAGGACUACUUUGGACUAACAUACAGAGACUUGGAAAACCAGAAGAAUUGGUUGGAUCCAGCCAAGGAAAUUAAAAAGCAGAUCCGAAGUGGUGCUUGGCAUUUCUCAUUUAAUGUGAAAUUCUACCCUCCUGAUCCUGCCCAACUUUCUGAAGAUAUUACCAGGUACUACCUCUGUUUACAGCUGAGAGAUGACAUUGUUUCUGGACGAUUGCCAUGUUCCUUCGUUACCCUUGCUCUAUUGGGCUCCUACACAGUUCAGUCAGAGCUUGGAGAUUAUGAUCCUGAUGAAUAUGGAAGUGAUUAUGUUAGUGAAUUUCGCUUUGCACCAAACCAUACUAAAGAACUAGAAGAUAAAGUAAUAGAGCUUCAUAAAAGUCACAGGGGAAUGACACCUGCUGAGGCGGAGAUGCAUUUUUUGGAGAAUGCCAAAAAAUUGUCUAUGUACGGAGUAGAUCUUCACCAUGCCAAGGAUUCUGAAGGAGUUGAAAUCAUGUUAGGUGUUUGUGCAAGUGGUCUUUUGAUAUACCGAGACAGACUCAGAAUAAACAGGUUUGCUUGGCCUAAGGUUCUCAAAAUUUCAUACAAAAGGAAUAACUUCUACAUCAAAAUCCGACCAGGGGAAUUUGAGCAGUUUGAAAGCACAAUUGGGUUUAAAUUACCAAAUCAUCGGGCUGCAAAGCGUCUAUGGAAAGUAUGUGUCGAACAUCAUACAUUUUUCAGGCUCUUGUUACCAGAGGCUCCUCCCAAAAAAUUCCUUACAUUGGGGUCCAAGUUUCGCUACAGCGGAAGAACGCAAGCCCAAACAAGGAGAGCUAGUGCACUGAUCGACCGCCCUGCACCUUACUUUGAGCGUUCAUCAAGCAAACGUUACACUAUGUCUCGCAGCCUAGAUGGGGCAUCAGUGAAUGAAAACCAUGAAAUGUACAUGAAGGAUUCUAUGUCUGCUGCAGAGGUUGGUACUGGCCAGUAUGCCACGACCAAGGGCAUCUCUCAAACCAACUUGAUAACCACUGUGACUCCGGAGAAAAAGGCAGAAGAAGAGAAGGACGAAGAACAGAUUAAAAAAAAGAAAGCAGAGGAAGUCACCCCAGUCUCAGCAAUACGGCAUGAUACAAAGCCACCUUUGCUUGGCACUGAUUCAUUACAUUCCUCACCAUCAUCACAAUCUGGUCCCUUUGCAUCUUCAACAAAGCUCCGUAGGAGAUGUAAGGAGGUUGCUAAAAAAUCGUUAGAUUCUGAGUCAUCCCAAAAUGCUAUUCAAAAGCACAGUGAGGCUAACUUGGAUUCUGAUAGACAAGGAAGAGUUUGCUCAGUUGAACAAGAUAUGUCAUAUAGCUAUACACAAAAAGCUGGUAAAGGUGGAACAUUGUUUUCCUUCUCCUUACAACUUCCGGAAUCGUUCCCCACUCUCCUGGAUGAUGAUGGCUACUUAUCCUUUCCUAACCUCUCUGAAACCAACUUCCUGCCAGAAAGUGUGCAGCAUUUCCUUCCCAUUCGCUCACCAUCCCUUGUGCCUUGUUUCCUUUUUAUCUUUUUCUUUUUGCUUUCUGCCUCUUUCUCAGUGCCCUAUGCUCUCACUCUUUCCUUUCCUCUGGCUAUGUGCCUCUGCUACCUGGAGCCCAAGGCGGCCUCCUUGAGUGCUUCACUUGACAAUGACCUGAGUGACAGUUCAGAGGAAGAGACUGACAGUGAAAGAACAGAUACUGCAGCUGAUGGUGAAACCACUGCCACAGAGUCAGAUCAGGAAGAAGAUGGUGAUCUCAAGUCACAGGAACUAGAUAAAAACCAAGAAGAUCUGAUGAAACACCAGACCAAUAUAAGUGAGCUGAAACGGACAUUCUUGGAAACCUCCACAGAUACCUCAGGGACCAAUGAAUGGGAGAAGAGACUUUCAACAUCACCAGUCCGGCUUUCUGCAAGGCAGGAAGAAGCUCCUAUGAUUGAACCACUUGUGCCUGAAGAGACCAAAGAAGAAAGAGAAAUAUCUGAAAAACGUAUAUUUUUGCAGAAGGAAAGCACUACAUACCUUGAUUCUCAGGGCACUGAGGAUUGGGUUAUUGUAGACAAAGUACCCAUUGAGGUAGUUGAUGGUGAAUCGAAAACCAUUGUGACAUACAAAGUAAUGACUGUGAGCAGUAAAACUGGUGACAUCCCAGCUGAGCUUUUAAAAUCCAGUACCAGUGACAUACAGACCUUUGAGGACUUGGAAGGUGAAUUGCAGUUGAAAGACGACAAUAAGCAGAAAAUGUACACCUUAGGAAAAUCGUAUGAUACUGUUUCUGGGAAAAUUGUAACCAUGACCACUAAAGUAAAAGAGGGAGAAAAAAGUACUCCAUCAUCACUUGAAGCAUUUCAAAAAAUGGAAAGGGCAGUACCAGAAUCUGUGAAAAUCAUUCCAGUAGCAGCCGAAUAUGAAAUUCUAGAACCAAUUACUGAUGAAAAAUCCAGAAGGUUAUCUGAUGCAAAAAGAAGGGUAUCUGAAUCAUUGACGCCCAUAAAAGAGGCAGACUCCCGCCUGCAGAGUCCUGAAGAGGAAAGUGUGAAGAAGACACUAAAGAUGGAUCAGGAUUUGCAGUUGCGUGAUACUCCUGGGAGCAUGCAGAUUGCCAGAGCUGAGAAACCUCUUGACGGUGAAGGACUAAAAGGAGAGGCAUUUGGUCGGAAAGAUAAGAGUAUAUCUGAGUGGAAAUAUUCCAGAGAACCACCCUUUACCAUUGCUACUGCUCACUAUGUUACUGAAUCAUCAGCAUCAAGAGUAGUGAAAAAACAACUCUCCGGUGAAAAAACUUUGGAUGGUUCUGAUAUCUUCACUUUAAUAGACUCUGCAAGGAAACCAACUGAGUUCAUAGGAGGGGUUACAUCUACUUCACAUAGCUGGGCGCAGAGAACAGAAGCAAAGACUGAUCAGGAGAUACGUUCUAGUGAAAAGAAGGAGGAGGAGAAGGAGGAGCCGCCACACGAAGCCAUAAAGAAGGUUGUGCAAGAAACUGUCAUGGUCGAGGAGAGACAUGUGAUGAGUGUGCAUGCAAGUGGGGAUGCUGCUAAAUUGGCUGGUGUUCAGCUGGAUGCUACAGCACAGGCAAUGUCUCAUGUCGCUUCUAGCAUCAAAGGGAAGGAGGGCUCUGCUGUGACUGAGGGGGCUAAAGAGAAAAAAAGGCAGGACGCUGAAAAAACUGUAAGCAAACAGGAAGAAACUGCUACUGGUUUUCAUGAUCAGGAGGAGGAGCAGAAUGCAACAGCCCAUGUUUUGGAUAUACAGGAAAGAAAGCCUCUUUUUGAGUCCCCAAUUGUGAAGACCGAAACAAUCAGUUUUGGCAGUGUUUCUUCAGGUGGGGAGAAGCUGGAAAUUUCUAUGAAGGAAGUGCCCGUUGUUCAUACUGAGACAAAAACCAUUACAUAUGAAUCAUCCGAGGCGGAUCCUGGUGCUGACUCAGAACCAGGAGUUCUGAUGAGUGCACAGACCAUUACAUCUGAAACGACCAGUACUACAACUACUACACAUAUCACUAAGACAGUAAAAGGAGGCAUAUCAGAAACAAGAAUUGAAAAGCGAAUAGUCAUCACAGGGGAUGCAGACAUUGACCAUGAUCAGGCGCUGGCUCAGGCAAUUAAAGAGGCCAAAGAGCAGCACCCUGACAUGUCAGUGACCAAAGUAGUGGUACAUAAAGAGACAGAAAUCACACCAGAAGAUGGGGAGGAUUGACCACAGGAAUAAUGUAGCUUUCUUACGAAUUCAGUCAUGUACACCAUUGGGAAUACCAGAGCCUACAUGGAGUCUUGGUUCUAACCCAGCAGGCUUGCAUCUCUCCAGAGAAAUUUUCAAUGUGGAAGAAUCUAUCUUGAUUGCUCCUAAGGACACUGGCAGAAAUAUCGUCCCAUUUACAGCAAUCUGAAUCAACAUUAGUAACCCAAUACUUGCAUGAAGCAAAGAACAAAUUACGAAGAAGCAGCAUUUUAAUUUUCCUAAACUGAGUUUCCAUCUAUACCUGCACGUUCAUCAAUAAUAUAAAACAGUGAUCUCAUGCUACACAUAAAAUAGUUCAUGCCUUCACAGUUAUUGAAAGUCUCAACUACAGUUUCUUAGGUGGCAAAACUUUUGUUUAGGGUAAAUGAAGAUUACCCUAAAAUGCUAUAAGCUGUAUAGGUACUGUGUAUAAUGUUUUAUCACAUUAGAUGUGCCAAUAACACACUUUACUCAGUAAACAACUUGAAUCAUAUUUGUUUUCAUCUGGUUUUAUUACUCUUGUCCAAUAAACAAUGGUGAUUCUCUAAUCUUAUCUAAAUGCUUACAAAAUGUGCUUUGUUUACCUGAUUUGAGACCUUUAAUAGAAAAUAAUGAUUUUAGCAUUGUUCAAAGUUGAAAGUUAGAAAUCCUGCAGUCGCCCUUCAUGAGUCCACAUCCUAUAAAUUACGUUGUGAUUAUUUUAAAUAAAAUGUGUGUUUUCCUUAGCAUUUCAGAAAUAGUCUGAAAUAGUGGUAUUUUUAAAUUGAUUUCCCUUUUGUUCUUUUUCCCCCACAAGUCUGGUCAGAAUUUCCUAUCUAGGUCAGAGUUAAGCCUUAAACUGUACAAAACACCUACUAAACAUUCUUUGGCAUUGGUUAUCACAUCCAUUUUAAGAGGUACUGUCUUCAUUACACCGUCAGUCACAUCACAACACAUGGUGAAUGUAUGUUUCUGCAUAGUGAAAUAAAAGUGGUAAAUGCACCAAAAUUUGUAUUGGUCUAUGUCUAAGAAAAAUGUUUUCUGUAUUCAAACAUCAGUAUCAUUUGUAUAAUAUCAAAGUCACUUUAAUGUUCAUAAGAAAGAUGUUCUUCCAAUUAGACAUAAUAUGGUGUUUAGGCAGGUACAAGUAGAAGAGCAGGGGGACUGAAGAAAUAUUGUAUAAACAGUUGCUCCUCCUAUACAAUUGUGUACAUACAACAGGUACCCUCUAAUUUCUUCUGCAUUAUAUAGCUGUUUAAUGUGUUUCACAUAAGCUAAAUAAAGAAUAUGAUCAACUGACUAUUUUUAGUAUUAGCCUGAAGAAAAAUUACUUUUGUAUUUUGCAUUCUAAAUCAUGAGAGAACUGUUUCAACAAAUAAUCUGGGCACAAUCCAACCAAAGUUAGGCACUUCUAAAUUCUAUUCCAGUGGAGGAAUUAAAGCAUGUGUUUUGUUCUCUCCCCUUGAAAUUAGUGAGAUUUAAAAGUACUUAAUUUAGGCUGGGUCAUGCCCUUUGCUAUUUUGAUUUAAUUGCUCAUUCCAUUCACUCAUAAUAUUUUGUAGAAGAAAAAAAUGUAAUAAAGUGCAUUUUAUAGGCUUUUGAAAUAAAAGACCAUCUAUAAAGCUGUUUUUGCUAGUAAAGCCCAAGUAUAUACACAAUUUCCAAUUGAACUGAGUGGCAGGAGCUUCCGUGAAGCAAGAGUGACUGUUUAGAGUAGAUUGAAAGGAAUAUUUUUAAAGAGUAUAUAUCAGGAUAAAUGAUCUAUAGAGAAUCUAUAUAAAAGUAAGUCCCCUGAUGUAGCAGUUCUCUGCAAGUGUGAAACUGCAGGCCCAGUUCAGAUGCUCACUGUCCCUGCAAGUGAUUACCUGGAAUGCAUGAAGGCUGCUAGUAUGAAUAAGCAUCUCUAUCUAGAAACUAAAUGUGUAGCAGUCACAAUUUGUAUGAUCACAGUGACUUGUGAAAGGGCCAGAGAUUAUCAGAAUCAUGGAUGCUGCAUGUCUGACCCCAGGUAGAGCUGUUGGUUUAUAAAACUAGCAUGCCCACGUAAUCCAAACAAGAUUGGAAACCUGCCACUGGUCCCUAUUCACUUUCACAGGUCAAGCUGGGGUUGUUGACCAUCUCAGGCUAUAUAUGCUGGAGAAAGCUCCACACAUGCAUCUCCCAUAUUCAUUGGAGCUCCUGAAAAGCUUUGGAUUGGGCUGAAGAUGGUGUUUUGUCUUUUCGACUCUCUUCUUGGGACCAUUUCUCAUACUAACAAUACAUGUUUUGAUAAGUGACUCCCAUGGACAGUGUCCAAUAGUGCCCCCACACUUGCGAGACCUACCACUAGCACAGUGAGAACUUAGCAAUUACCAAACCAAAAUGCUCUUUUCCAGAAGGGUGUGAAUGAGUAGAGCUCAUAGAAGGGAGCCUCACUGAGCAGUCCUGUUCUGGAAACUUGUUUUCCAGAGGGUUUU